AUUAAAGAAAAAAAAAAAAAAUAACAUUGUUGUUCUCUCAAAACUGAUCAUCGUAUUUCAUCAGGGAGAGUUUCACAGGUUUUACUGAACAAAGCAGAAAACAGGAUGGGUUCAUUAAAUUUUGCAGAAAAAGUGGUGUUUAUAUGGUGUUUUGGUUGUUUGCUGGGGUUUUCAAAUGGAGAAGUUCAUAAGGUAGGGGAGAUUGCUGGGUGGACCACAAUUGGCCACGUCAACUACACACAAUGGGCUCGAAACAAGACCUUUCAAAUUGGUGAUCGAGUUGUUUUCGAGUACAACCCAGAAUUCCACAACGUGAUGCAAGUGACGCAUGCCGAGUACCGAGCUUGCAACGUGUCAUCUCCCAUCAUCACAUUCACCACUGGCAAUGACACAAUUACCAUAAAAACCCCUGGCCACCAUUUCUACGUGUGUGGCGUGACAGGUCACUGCCAGAGUGGACAAAAGGUUGACAUAAAUGUCCCUAUUAAUGCUGUUAUUACCACUACUCCCCCUCCCUCCGCCGUGUCCUCUCCUGUCCCUUCCAUUACGAAUUCCAGCAGUUUUGCAGCUCGCCCAAUAAAAGCGACCUUCCGGAAGGUUUUCGGGUGGGCGGCGGCUUUGCAGGUGUUGCUCGCAUUUUGUUAAUUAAAUGGUGCAUUUGUGAUCAGGCGUACGUAUUAUUCUGGUUUGAGAAUAAUUUGGCUAAUGUUUGUGUAUGAGACAUUUAUACUUCCGUUUUCAUGAGCUCAAUUUUUUGUUUUAAGAUUUUAAGUGCGUAUAUAUCCCUUUAUAUAUUAACAGUGUUCAUAUAUAGUGGUGUUUCUUAAUACUAUCAUUCAUAGUCAUAUGUCAACUUCUAG